GGGGGAAAAAGAAGCCCCAAAUAAGGAAAACGAGUGAAGUAUCAAUAGCCAUUCAAUGGCAUAUUUAUCGGCAAUGCUGGUUUCAGAGAAAGCGGGAGAGGCAAAGAGAUUUUUCGUCUCCGUUUCUACAGGAGAAGUUGGAGAUGGAAACUCUAUUUACAUAACUGUUUCACCCAAGUUUUGUUGUUAUCCUGUGCUUAAUAUGUUAGGAUCUAAUUGCGGGAGGCACAGAUACUUCAGCACAACUGUAGAAUGGGCGGUGUCAGAACUCUUGAAACAGCCAAAGUUAAUUAAGAAGGCAACUGACGAGCUAGACAGGGUCAUUGGGAGGGAAAGAUGGGUGCAAGAGAAGGACAUCCCACAACUUCCAUAUCUAGAGGCAAUUAUGAAGGAAACAAUGAGAAAACACCCUGUUGCUGUCCUGCUGGCACCGCACCUGGCCCUAGAAGAUUCUGGAGCAACUACUAUCAUAUAUAUAUUCGUUUAACACUUUAAAUUCAUUUUUAUUUUAAUUAAUACCCUUUAUAAUU